AUGACCAAUAUUUUGUGUCUGCUCUACGUGGGAUGGAUCACCAAUUAUGUGAAUAAUAACGGAAACGUCAAAGUUGCGGGAAGGACGCACGAGAAAAAGUUUGACGACGACAGCAGAGGAGAAACGCUGAGGAUUAUAGAGAGACUGGACAGGCUGGAGACUGUUGUGAACCAGCACAUCCAAGAAUGUAACCUGGUGGAGAGCGAGGACCAUGUGGAAGUGAACGGGGAAGUGUUUCACAAACCCUUUGUGGAGAAGCCCGUCUCCGCUGAGGACCACAAUGUCUACAUCUAUUACCCAACCUCUGCUGGCGGCGGCAGCCAGCGUCUCUUCAGAAAGAUCGGCAGUCGGAGCAGCGUGUAUUCUCCUGAAAGUACUGUUCGCAAGACUGGAUCUUACAUCUACGAGGAGUUCAUGCCCACAGAUGGCACUGAUGUUAAGGUUUACACAGUUGGACCUGAUUACGCUCACGCCGAAGCCCGUAAGUCUCCUGCUCUGGAUGGGAAAGUGGAGCGAGACAGUGAGGGGAAGGAGAUCCGUUAUCCUGUGAUGCUCACUGCAAUGGAGAAGCUUGUGGCCAGAAAAGUGUGUCUUGCAUUUAAGCAAACAGUCUGUGGUUUUGACCUCCUCCGAGCAAAUGGUCACUCAUUUGUUUGUGACGUUAAUGGCUUCAGCUUUGUAAAGAACUCCAUGAAGUACUAUGAUGAUUGUGCCAAAGUCCUGGGGAACAUGGUGAUGCGAGAGCUGGCUCCUCAGCUCCAUAUUCCCUGGUCAAUCCCCAUGGAAGCAGAGGACAUCCCUAUAGUCCCGACUACCUCAGGGACCAUGAUGGAGCUGCGUUGUGUUAUUGCUGUAAUUCGCCAUGGUGACCGUACGCCCAAACAGAAGAUGAAGAUGGAGGUCAGGAACGCCCUGUUUUUUGAGUUGUUUGAGAAGUACGGUGGCUAUAAGUCUGGAAAACUCAAGCUGAAGAAACCAAAACAGCUCCAGGAAGUGCUGGAUAUUGCUCGUCAGCUGUUGGCAGAACUGGUCCUGCAUAAUGAUUGUGAGAUUGAGGAGAAGAAAUCCAAGCUAGAACAACUGAAGACGGUUCUGGAGAUGGAAUCCAGCCUGAAUGAUAAUCAGUAUGGCCAUUUCUCAGGGAUCAACAGGAAGGUGCAGCUGACCUACCUCCCAAAUGGGCAGCCCAAAGCAUCCAGUGAAGAGGAAGACGCUCUGAAGGAGGGCCCAUCUUUACUGCUGGUGCUGAAGUGGGGCGGUGAGCUGACGCCAGCGGGUAGAGUUCAGGCUGAGGAGCUUGGACGAGCCUUUCGUUGCAUGUACCCUGGAGGACAAGGCGACUAUGCCGGCUUCCCUGGUUGUGGCCUUCUCCGUUUACACAGCACUUACCGCCAUGACCUCAAAAUUUACGCAUCAGAUGAGGGUCGUGUUCAGAUGACUGCAGCAGCUUUUGCAAAGGGUCUGUUAGCACUGGAAGGAGAGCUGACUCCAAUCCUCGUUCAGAUGGUGAAGAGUGCCAACAUGAACGGACUGCUGGACAGCGACAGCGACUCUCUCACUGACUGCCAGCAGAGAGUCAAAGCUCGAUUACAUGAGAUCAUGCAGAAGAACAAAGACUUCAGUGAGGAGGACUACAGCAAGUUGGCUCCAACAGGCAGCCCAUCUCUGGUGAACUCUAUGGGGGUGAUCUUCAAUCCAGUCAGUACUUGUGAUCGAGUUCACACACUCAUUAAAAGCCUUACUUGGCAGAUCUGUAAAAGGCUGGAAGACCCCAAAUCUGCAGAUCUACAGCUAUACCACAGUGAGACUCUGGAGCUCAUGCUGCAGCGCUGGUCCAAACUGGAGCGUGACUUCCGCAUGAAAAACGGCCGCUAUGACAUCAGUAAGAUCCCAGAUAUCUAUGACUGUGUGAAAUACGACACCCAACACAAUUCUUCUCUGGGGCUUGAGGACACGCUGGAGCUUUUCCGUCUGUCCAGAGCACUUGCAGACAUCAUUAUCCCACAGGAGUAUGGAAUCACUAAAGCAGAGAAGCUGGAUAUUGCCAGUGCCUACUGCCUGCCUCUGGUCAAGAAGAUUCAGCUGGAUCUUCAGAGAACCCAUGAGGACGAGGCCGUCAACAAGCUGCAUCCACUGUACUCGCGGGGCGUGAUGUCUCCGGGUCGACAUGUUCGAACCCGGCUGUAUUUCACCAGCGAGAGCCACGUCCACUCCCUGCUUAACAUCUUUCGCUACGGAGGCCUGUUAGACGAGCUAAAAGAUGACCAGUGGAAGCAGGCUAUGGACUACCUCAGCGCUGUAACCGAACUCAACUAUAUGACACAGAUUGUUAUUAUGCUGUAUGAGGACAAUAACAAGGACCCCUCUUCAGAGGAACGUUUCCAUGUGGAGUUGCACUUUAGCCCGGGAGUGAAGGGGUGCAAGGAUGAGGAGAAUGCACCGAUGGGUUUUGGCUUCCGGCCUGCCUCCUCCGAGAACCACGAGAUGCAGACAGACCCAGGCAGUCUUGAAGACCUUUCUCAAGACGAGCCUGACAGAGCUGCACUGACUGAGCCAAUCAGCAUUCAGAGGAAGUCACCACUCAUACGAGGCCGAAAGGCUGGAUCUAUGGAGGCUCUUUCAGAGAGUAACACUUCUUCUCGAGGGCUGCCGUAUCGCAUCUUCCCAUCGACUUCUCGUCAGUCACCCAAGAUCAAACCCAGCGGGCUAGGCGCCCAGUGUGCGGGCCUCUUCAGUGCCUCCUUCCCCAACCUGAGAGACCUAGCGCGAGUUCCCCGCAAAAAGCCCUGCUCGCUCAGGAAUCGGUCUUCUCAAACCGAGCUGCUCUCUAUGCCGGCAGUAAAGAGAUUUUCUGUGUCGUAUGCCAGGCAUCCGACUAAUGGGUUUGAAGGUUGCUCCUUGGUGCCCUCCAUCUAUCCACUGGAGACACUGCACAACUCGCUGUCCCUCAAGCAGGUGGACGAGUUCCUCACCACGUUGUGCAAAAACGGGAGCGAGACACAAUUCAAGAGGCUCAAAUCCCUGUCUGCCAUGUUUGAGUCACACUCCCAGCCAUCCAUAGAUGUUGAUAAUCAGGAGACCCCAAUGUCAACUCCAGUCCAGAACCAACCAGCUCCACAGUCUCUCUGGUACACCAGCAGCCCUCCCAGUACCGUAUCCAGUUCUGGGCCCUCGUCUCCAUCUGUGCCCGAUCCCUCAUCCAACUUCAGAUUCAACAGCGAGUAGAAACAUCUUUUACUCUUAGAUCAGUUUCACAGUGUCUGUUUGAAAAGUUAGAGGUUAAGAUUGAUAUGGUCCAUGUUAUCUACUUGGAAGCUGCUAAUAUUGUACUAUCUGGACUUCUACCUGAACAAUGCAGAGCCUCUUUGUCUGAGAUUCAGCUGAUAGUUUGAUCUGUCAGCAAAUACAGCUCUGAAACCAGUAAUUAUCUCUUCCGCUGUACUUCUGAGCUCCGGUGGAGUUGGAUAGUAAUUAUGAUCCCAGAUUCAGCAGCAGAGAGACAGAGACAUUACAGACAAUAGUAAUUGUGUGUGCAUCUUUUUCCCCCACCCUACAAAUGCAACUCAAAUAAAUACUCAAAGAAGCAUACAAGUCCAAAAAAUAUAUAUUUAAUCAUUCAGAUCCAAUCGUGUUAUUUUAAUUGUACCACUAUUUUUUUCAGUUUGUGUAUAUUAUAAUUAUUUUAUGAUUUUCUUUUUUGAUCAUGUGAUUUCUUUUUAGAUCUACCAAAAAAUUGCUGUAUUUUUAUUAUGUGAAUUGCAAAGGUAUUGUUUGAGAAUGAUUCAAGGGAUAGUUCACCCAAAAAUGAAUAUUCUGUCAUCGUUUACUCACCCGUCAUGUCAUUCAGAACCUGUAUGAAUUUAUUUCUUCUGUUAAAUAUAAAAGAAGAUAUUCUAAAGAAAGUUGUAAAUCAAAAAGAUGGUGGCACCCAAUGACUUACAUAAUAUUUUUUUUUUUUCCAAACCAUGGAAGUGAAUGGCUACCGUCAAAUGUUUGGGUUACCCACAUUCUUCAAAAUCUCUUCUUUUGUGCUCAACAGAAGAAACUCAAACAGGUUUAGAGCAACCUGAAAAAAUGAGUAAAUGACAGAAUUUUAAUUUUGAGCAGGACCCGUCCCAUAAAAUGAGCUGCAAUAGACUUUUCAAGAGUGUUCAGCUGUUUGUAAUCUGCUGUAGUGUUUACUCUGUAAAGUUGAAAGUAUAUUUAAUUUUAGAGACUUGUAUUACUUAAAUAAAUGGCUUUAAAUGUG